AGGAAGAGCUGCUGCUGCUGCAGCUGCAAACAACACUUUCAACAACACUUUCAACCACUUCACCUGCCAGCUGGCUAAAGAUAUUUCUGCUGUAAACUAAAGUCAACAUAUCCUGAAGAAGGUGAGCUGACAGGGGUGAUUGAAAGCUACGAUUGACGUUUUUUAAUCAAGUUUAACCUAACGCUAACUUAAGUUACAUGUCAAACGUUGUUGGUAUAAAACCGAAGGCGAGCGAGAGCAACGUUAAGUUCGCUAACUAGUGCACCUUAACAGCUCAGUAACCUUAACUAGCUAGUGCACUGAAAACUUUUGAGGUCCUUUUGAUUUAAUAAUAAGGUUAAACGAGUGCAAACGUUUUCAGACUGACGAGUAACGUUAGCUAGCUUAAGGAAAACCGUUAAGUCCGUUUGCAUUUAUUAACUUAUAAACAAGUAAAAAAAUCCUAAUAUCUGAGUGCUUUCAUCAUGCAGGUUGGUACUCUGUAAGCCAAGUUACACUAACAACAUUUAUCGAUUCAUAUCGGGUCGUAAAAAACAGUUUAUGAACUAAAAUGUUUGAUAAAGAUAGCAACACAGCCUAUGAACAUUUUAAAGCUACGUUACUUAUUAUUCUAGCAUACAAACUAUGUGAUAUUAUAAGUGGCAGGAAAAGUCAUAUUUUGGGGGUAUUUCGCCAAAUGCUAAACUGACUGUGGGAACAGUGAAAUUCAAAUCUCUUAUCUACUGUAUACUGUGCAUACUUGCUCAGGGAUCAUCCAGUGGGGGAAGAAGUACUAUUUAUUUUUGUACUCCGUUACAAGUAAAUCCUGGAUUAAAAUUUUUACUUAAAGGUCAUAUUAUGCUAAUUAUAAUAAUCAUCACGCGCUUUGUCACUGGUUUGUGAAAUUCAUGGACAGGAUAUUGAGGCAUAGUUGGGGUGGGGAGGGAUUGCAGUUCAGUGGGCUGGGGAUCUCAUCACAGAUGAAUGGAAGUGGCCAUGAUGGAAUCAUCAGUCCUUGACCUUCAGCACUCACUGGAACGGUUCACAGCUCAACGCGAAGUGGCGGGGAUGACGAUUAAGUCUGAGUCCAUGGUUCGCAGCAAUUAACCGAUGGAGUGCCUACUCCAGGUAGGGGAUGAGUACUAACACCAAGUGAAGGAGUUCAAGUACCUUGGGGUCUUGUUCGCGAAUGAGGGGACAUUGGACCGGGAGACUGGCUGGAAAAUUGGAGUAUUGGAGGUAUUACUGCACCAUCGUGACGAAAAGUCUACUGGUCAGUUUUCGUUCUACCUUACCCUCACCUACCUAGAACUAGAUCGCACGUACAAGCGGCCAAAAUGGUUUUUCUCUGGAGGGUGGCUAGCAUCUCCCUUAGAGAUGGGGUGAGAAGCUCAGUCGUCAGUGAGGAACUCUAGAGCCUCUGCUCCUUUGCGGCGAAAGGAGCCAGUUGGUAGACGUCUCCUUAGGGAGGUGUUACAGGCUUGUCCAGCUUUGAGACGGCCUCGGGCAAGAACCAGGACAAGGGAAAGAGAUCACACUUGCCUGGGAACAUCUCGGGAUCCCCCAGUCAGAGCUGGAUAGUGUGUCUCGGGAAAGGGAAGUUUGGGAUCCCCUGUUGGAGCUGCUUUCCCCGUGACCCGACCAUGUAAGGAAGAAAUGGCUAAUCAUUUGUCAGAGUCUCUGCCAGAGCGGACCUUCGGGUACCAAAGCAGCCUGCCACCGCUGCCUGUCCCGUCACUAGAGAUGAGCCUUUUCAAGUACCUGGAAGCAGUUCAUCCAUUUGCAUCUGAGACUGAGUUUAAGGCUACAGCGGACAUUGUGAAGAAAUUUCAAGAGGGUGUUGGGAAAGAGCUGCACUUGAAACUACUGCAGAGAGCCAGGACAAAGAAAAACUGGCUGGAAGAAUGGUGGUUAGACGUUGCCUAUCUGGAGGUCCGCAUCCCCUCUCAGCUGAAUGUGAACUUUGGCGGCCCGGGACCCUACCUGGAGCACUGCUGGCCCCCUGCAGAGGGAACUCAUCUACAGAGGGCCAGUAUAAACACAUGGCAUACGCUACAGUACUGGAACCUGAUCCGCACGGAGAGGCUGGCUCCUCAGAAAGCUGGCAAAACAGCAUUAGAUAUGGACCAGUUCAGAAUGCUGUUCUGCACUUGCAAAGUACCUGGAGUAAAGAAGGACACCAUUCGUAACUACUUUAAGACCGAGCGUGAGGGUCCGUGCCCCUCCCAUUUGGUAGUGAUGUGUCGUGGACGGAUCUUCACAUUUGACGCUCUCUAUGACGGACAGAUCCUCACCCCUCCAGAACUACUCAGGCAGUUGAGCUAUGUGACAGAGCGCUGUGAGGGAGAGCCAGAGGGAGAUGGAGUGGCUGCUCUCACCUCAGAGGAGAGGACUCGCUGGGCGAAAGCCAGGGAGCAUCUAAUAAGCAUUGAUCCACACAAUAAGACCAUCCUGGAGACCAUCCAGAGCAGCCUGUUCGUCGUAUCUCUGGACGAAACAAAACCCUACUCUACUCCAGAGAACUACACAAAUAUAACCCGGGAAGCCCUUACAGGCGACGCCACCAUCCGCUGGGGUGACAAAUCGUACAAUUCACUCGUGUUCGCCAAUGGCACUUUUGGAUCCACGUGUGAUCAUGCACCAUAUGAUGCCAUGGUACUGGUGUCUAUGUGUUGGUAUCUGGACCAGCAAAUUAAAGCUGCAGAAGGCAAAUGGAAGGGCUCAGACGCAGUCAGACACGUGCCCGUUCCUGAAGAGCUGGUGUUUACUGUGGACGAACAAGUCCGGAGUGACAUCAGCCACGCCAAACAGCAAUACCUGGAGUCGACACAGGACCUGCAGGUGGUGUGUUACGCCUUCACUGCAUUUGGAAAAGCAGCCAUUAAACAGAAAAAGCUGCAUCCAGACACUUUUGUUCAACUAGCAAUGCAGUUGGCCUACUACAGAAUAUACAAAAAGCCAGGAAGUUGUUAUGAGACAGCAAUGACUCGCAAGUUCUACCAUGGUAGGACGGAGACUAUGCGGCCCUGCACCCAGGAGGCACUGAAGUGGUGUGAAGCCAUGAUGGACCCCUCGUGCGACGUUAAUGCCAAGAGGAAAGCCCUGCUGGUGGCCUUCAAUAAACACAACAAACUGAUGGCUGAAGCCCAGGAAGGAAAAGGUUUUGACAGGCAUCUUCUUGGGCUGUAUCUUAUUGCCAAGGAGGAGGGACGUCCCACUCCAGAACUCUUCACAGAUCCCCUCUAUGCAAAGAGUGGCGGUGGUGGUAACUUUGUGCUGUCGUCCAGUCUGGUGGGCUACACCACAGUUCUUGGGGCCGUGGCUCCCAUGGUGCACCAUGGCUAUGGCUUUUUCUAUCGCAUCAGAGAUGACAGGAUUGUGGUCUCCAUCUCGGCGUGGAAGUCUUGCCAUCAGACAGAUGCUGUGUCACUAUUUAACAGCUUCUGUAGCUCCUUGCACGAGAUGCUCCACUUGGCCACCACAUCUCAGCUUUAAGUGCUCACACCGACAGACAGCAGCUAAACACAAGCUAAUUUACCUUUUACCUCUCAACAUAUGUUUGAACUUCAAUGGACACACAGUUCACAAACCGUCAGUUAAUAGCUGACAGCUAGCGAUAGUCAUGUUUGUUCUCAGCACAGAUCAAUGCAAAGGUACAGAAUCAGUACUUAUAUGUACCUUUAGUGUAAAUUGUUGUUUUGUGUGUAUAUAUUUAUCCGGAUUCUCUGAUUUUCAUGAUUGUAGAACACAUUUUAUUGAGAAUGUUUCAUUUUAAAUUCUGACCAUAUUAAUCCACCUUUAAACUGAGCUGACGCUAAAGCUGAAGAUCUUUUUAUGAUGUAUGUUCUCCAGUGGGUAAAGAUUCAGUAGAAAGUGAGGCUGUUCUGAGGUGGAAAACUGACAGGAAAAUUACUUCUGACUGCUGUGGCUGCUGGCCUUCGAUUUAGUAAAAAAGGCAUUCCAGUGAAACUCAUGAUUGAAGUUCAGUAAAAUAUAUUUGUUAUUUUUUGGAUUGGUGGAACAACACUCAGGUGUUACUUCAGUUGGACUGAAAUCAGUAAACAUCUUCUUGUGACUUGGUUAAAGG